GCGGCGGAGGCGGGAGAGCGGGAUGGCGGCGGAGUCGGCCUCGGCCUCUCCCGCGGAGGUGAACGGCCUCCGGGCCCUUCCCUUCGCCCGGCCCUGGUUCCCCGCCGCCCCUCACGGCUCUGGCUCCGGUAUCGGAGGGGCCGGGCCCUGUCCCCGCAGCCUUCGGCGUGUCUGUGCGUUGGUGGUUGCCGUGUGGAUAACGGCAAAACUGGGGGUCCGACCCGCCACCCAGCGCUCGUCCGGGCCCUCUGGUGUGUUUUAGAGGUUUUUCUUCCGUUAGGCCACUAAAUUGAUUCAGUUAAUCCGUGCAGUUUUUGUGCUGAUGAAGUCAUGCUGUAACUAAGCGCCCUCGCCCUGUAUAAAAGCCGCAAAGCACUUCAGGGUAAAUUCACGCUGCUGCGAGACACCAGAACAGAUGGCAGCUUCCUGGUGCACCAUUUCCUCUCCUUCUACCUCAGAGGGAGUCAGUCUGACAGCUGCCAAAGAACGGGGACAGCUUGUCUUCUUGGAAGGCCUCAAGUCCUGCCUUGACCUCUUGUUUGGAGAGGAGGAGAAGCAGUCAGGACAGCCCAGUCCUCUUCAGUUUAUAAGUGAGAGCGCUUCCGACCUUAAAGCCUUGUUUGACUUUGUCCGGACAUCCCUGACUCCCGCUGGCAGCGACUCCUGGAAGGGCCCCGUGCUGCUGGUGGAUGACCUCAGUGUCCUGCUCAGCCUGGGUGCCACACCAGUGGCGGUGCUGGACUUCAUCCACUACUGCAGAGUCACGGUGUGCUACCAGCUGAAGGGAAACAUUGUGGUGCUGGUUCACAGCAACGAGGAUUCAGAAGACGAGGAAAACGAACUGAUUGUGAACUCCCUGUGUCAUCACAGUGACCUGAUCCUGUGGGUAGAGGGGCUGGCGACGGGCUUCUGCAAGGAUGUUCACGGGCAGAUUAAAAUAAUUAGGAGAGUGUCCUUGGAGCUGACAGCGGAGCAGGAUCUCGUCCAGAUCUACCAGUAUAAGAUCCAGGACAAGAAUGUCACCUUUUUUGCUAGAGGGCUGUCAGCUGCAGUCCUGUGAUGCUGCGAUACCACGCAGUGCUGUGAGCAAAGCCGGGGCGGCUGGUACCUCUAGACUGGACGUGCCACCAAACCAGCCUGGCUGCUUCACCAGCGCCUUCCAGGAGCCCUGCAGCAGACUAACCCAGGAGGGAAGCUUAAACGCGUGUUGAACUCCAUGCCAACGAGGGGAUUAGCCCGCCCAGAGCUCACUGCAUCCCUUUGUCCUCCCACCCUGUUCCCAACAUACGCAGGCCAAGAAGAAGUGCAAAAACUUGCAAGAAUGGCCCUUAGAGCAUGUAAAUACAAGCAGGGAGGAUGCCCUGCGGCCUGGGUGUGCCUCACCCUUUCUAGUGUGUUAGGGCAGGGCAGUGCCAGGCACUGCUGCGUGGAGGGAUCACCCCACCCUCCCGCUGGCAUUUAACGAGAUGACACAGAGCGGGUGGAGGCAGGGACGGUCUGGGAGCCUGUUGCAAUUCUUACCUUUCUCCCAGCUCUGGCACAGGAGAGAUUUGCUCGACUCCCAACUUCCGCAGAAUUAAAAAAAAAAAAAAAAUCUAUAGCUACAUGUGUAGCCCCUCACCUUGCUGCAGUGAGACCUAGAGGCUGCCUUGCUUGGUUGAUGCCUUGCUUUGUUUUUUUACUUUCCCUCUUUUCAUGUGAAACCCCUGUGCCUGUGUGUGUCUGUUUAGCGUGUGGCUUCCCAAGCUUGUCCUUGGCUUUGGAUGAUGAACAGACACUUGUACCUGAGCCUCUGUCUCAGCCACUGCUUCUGGACCACAAAUCAUUACUAGCAUUUAUAUGA